AUGGAGGCGGCCGCCAUCUCGACUGGCCUGACCCUGGCCGGAUCCAUGCCUGCCCUGGCCACCUGGAGCGAGGGCUCCGAGCCCGGGCAGAACAUCGACCCAGCGGGGCACGAUCCGAGCUCAGCUCAUUGCCUGUACCAUUCUCGCUUGUCACGUUCCGAGAUCCUCAACGCCACCGCCAUUUGCUUGACAUUCUCCGUCUUCUUGGUGGGUCUCGUUGUCAGCCAGGCUCGCAAGCUCGUCGAGAACAGGUGGCUGAACUGA